AUAUCCGCGAAAAUUUUGGCUGGCAUUAGUUUGCAAACAUGUUCUCUGCCAAGCUUACCCUUGUCCUUCUUCUGGCCUGUGUUGCCUUUUCUGAGGCAGCAAAAUUCAAGAAGCUGACAGGUGUAAAACCGGUUCCCUAUUGCAGUACAGUAGAAAUGCUGGCUUGUGUUGGAGAAAUAGAAACUGCUUGGGGAGACUGCUUUGACGCUGGAGACAUCUUUGGUUGUAUUGAGGAUAUUCUUGGUGCAUCUGACUGCCUGGCCUUAUUUGUGAUGUCCUGGGAUUCCUGGGAAUUGAUAUCUGCUAAAUGGACGGAAAACUUAAAAAAUUUAAAAAUAAAUUUUAGUGUAAAGAAUUAUUCAUUUUCUUGAUUUUAGUUUUGUUUU